AUGAAAGGCAAUCUUCUCCUCUGGGGCUCAUUGAUGAGCAUGGCCACCCCGAUAGUAUCCCAGCUCACCAACCCGGUCUUCUGGGCGGAUUUCGCAGACCUCGACAUCAUUCGCGCCGAUGAUACGUUCUACUACUCGGCGUCGAACAUGCACUACUCACCCGGUGCUCCAAUUCUCCGGUCCUACGAUCUCCUCAACUGGGAGUUCGCAGGCCACUCGAUCCCCGAGCUGGCAUUCGGCCCAAACUACUACCUUGAAGGUGGCGACCGGGCCUACGUCAAGGGUACAUGGGCUUCGACAAUGAACUACCGACCCAGCACCUCGACCUUCUACUGGAUGGGCUGCAUCGACGGCACCACAUACGUCUACACGUCCCCCAAGGCCGAAGGGCCCUGGGAGCAGGCCUCCAAAAUCGACACAUGCUACUACGACUGCGGCCUGCUCGUCACAGACGACGACAAGAUGUACGUCGCGUACGGCAACAGCGGGAUCUCCGUCGCCGAGCUCUCCGAGGACGGGCUGAGCGAAGUGAGCACGCAGAUGGUCUUCCCUAAAGACGAUGCCGACUAUCUGGAGGGAUCGCGCUUCUACCAGCGCGACGGGAACUUCUACAUCUUCGUUGUCCAUCCCGCCAACGAGGAGCACGUUCUGAUGUCCACCUCCGGCGUAUUCGGCCCCUACGAGCGCCGUCUGCUGAUUUCAGAUGCUGGCAGCCCCGUCGCGGACACAGGGUUCCCGCACCAGGGAGGUAUCGUGGACACCCCCAACGGAGACUGGUACUACAUGGCCUUUAUCGAUGCCUAUCCCGGCGGACGCAUCCCCGUUCUCGCCCCCUUGACCUGGGGCAGCGACGGCUGGCCCACGGUCGACCUAGUCGACGGCGGCUGGAGCGCCACCUACGACGCGCCGGAUAUCACUCCCCCAUCUACACCCAUUUCCUCCUUCGAGCCCUACACGGACAACUUCACCGGCGACACCCUCUCCCCGCAGUGGGAAUGGAACCACAACCCCAACAACGACAAAUGGACCCUCAACAAGGGAGUAACCCUCACAACAGCCACCGUAACCGACGACCUCUACUCCGCCCAAAACACCCUCACGCACCGCAUCCUCGGCCCCAAAUCCACAGCCACAAUCCACCUCGACACGAGCUCCAUGUCCAGCGGCGACCGCGCAGGUCUCUCCCUCCUCCGGCAAUCCUCCGCCUACAUCGGCGUGAUCAACGACGGCGGCGCCUCCCACAUCGGGGUCACCACAGGGCUGGAGAUGGACGCAGACUGGAACACCGUGUCCACAGGGACGGAGAGCGCGACGGCCGAGUUCGCCGGUAGUGAGGUGUGGCUGCGCGUGGAGGCGGACAUUGCGCCGCAUGCGGGCACCGGUCGGUUCUCGUAUAGUCUUGAUGGAGAGACGUUCACGGAGUUGGGGGAUGUGUAUGAGCUGAGCAGUGAUUGGGAGUUCUUUAUGGGGUAUCGGUUUGGGAUCUUUAAUUUUGCGACUGCUGAGACGGGGGGGAGUGUGGUGUUGGGGUCGUUUGUUUUGUCGUGA